AUGGAGAACAAGGGUUCAAGUUUAAGAGUUUCAACAGCGCCACAAACAGAGCCAUUCAUACCGGUGGCGAAUGUGGUGAGGAUCAUGCGGCGUGUGGUACCGCCACAUGGCAAGAUUGCUGACAAUGUGAAGGAUAUUGUUCAAAAUUGUGUCUCAAAAUUCAUUGGCCUGAUAAAUGCCAAAGCUAACAUGUGUUGUCAGAGCGAGAGUCGUAGAACUAUUACCGCCGAUGACAUUCUGCGAGCCAUGGCCUCGCUAGGGUUUGAUGAUUAUGUUAGCACACUUUCCUUUUACCUGCUCCGUUAUCGUGAGACAGAGUCAUUGGGGAUUGCCGUCUCAAGACGACCCGUCAUGACUUUUGGGCCAAUUCCAGACCCAAUGGGCCAUCUAGUUUUGCAGGCCCACGAUGUAGUUGGGUCGCAUGGACCGUCUCGUUCAAGUGACCCUAAUGCUGGACCUGAAUCUAGACCUAGUUAUGAUCCAUUUGGAAGGUCCUAA